UGAUGUUUUCUCCACUGUCUCGCAGUAUUGAGAAGAAAAAGCAGUGUAAAGUAAUUUACAGCCGACCUGGAAACUCCAAGAAGUAUUUCAGAGCAUCGCCAUUUCUUCAGCGCUCACACUGCAUGAGAGUCUGUCGGACCGCACUGACAAUAACAACAUGAUCCUGUUGCCGCGAAAACCCGUCAUGAAUUUUUCCACGUUAUACUUUCGAUUGAUUUUACUCUUUGCUCUUUGGAUUUCAGGGAGUGUGACGCACCUGACACAUCGUAAAACAUACACAUUUGUUGCUGGUCUUGCUUUUAACCUUCAGUGCAAUAGAGACAGUCAGAAUGUGACGGUGAGCUGGACUCGUGUUCCUAGUCGCAGCUUGGAAAGUAUCACUGGAAUGAAUAUCAAAGACAACACACUGUGGUUUCUGCCUGCUGACCUCACUCAUCAAGGGUCCUACUCCUGUUUCAGCAGAAAAGGCAAUGAUACCUGGGAAACAAUAUUUGAGGUCUCAGUUAGCAAUGAAACAUGUCCCCACUGGAACAGAAAAGAUGAAUUAACCAGCACAGCAAAACUUGAGUGUUUUCUUCCUCAUAUCUUUAAGAUAGACCCUCAAGCACAAGUGACCUGGCGAAAGAACUGUCAGCCGUUAAACAUGUCUAACAGUAAGGUUCUGCUGGUGGACAGAUCUACAGAGAUGAUUGGACUGCUCACCUGCUUCGUCAACUUUACAUUUGAAGGGCAAAACUAUCUCUCUGCCCAGACUACAGAGGUCUACAUGGGGUCUACAGUUGACGUGGUGACGCCACCAAAAUUGAUCUACCCGAAGCCAAGUCAAACACACAGAGUAACACUUGGUCAAAGUUACAAGAUAAACUGCAAAGCUCUAGUUGGGAUGAACGAUGAUGACGACACUGAUUUAUACUGGUAUACUGACUCCGAUUCUCUGCGUCUGGACUUCGACUUGUCAAGAUUCAAGGAAGGUGAUCAGGAAUACCUGCUGUCUGUUUUAUCCAUCUCAGAAGUCACAGCUGAGCAUUUAAACAUCAACUUCACCUGUAAGGUUGAUCACCCGGCGGGAUCAGAUUCAGGAAGAGUUGUGCUGAUUCUAGCCAGUCAGAAUGAGCGUUAUUAUUGGGUCGGUGUGGGUCUGGUGGCUCUGCUCAUCCUGCUGCUCGCUCUGCUGUUUCUCUGCAGGGUUGAUCUGGUUCUGGCCUACAGGAGUGUUUGCUCACGUUCUGUCGCAUGCAGCGACGGGAAGUGGUACGAUGCGUAUGUGAGUUCUCUGAAUGUGGAUCCGCUCAGCUCUUCUUCUGCUAUGACCUUUGCUCUGCACUUCCUUCCCUCUGUGCUUGAAGAUCUCUACGGUUACAGACUCUUCAUUAGUGGACGAGAUGAACUUCCUGGGGAAGCCAUUCAAGAUGUGGUGUCUGACAGAAUGAACCGAAGCAGGAGACUGAUCAUUAUCCUUACAUCCCAAAGCUGUUCAUCACCUCAGAAACAUGCAUCAGAUAAAGCCCAGGAUUCAGAGUGUAAAAGCUCUUAUGAAGCGUUACGAUCAGCUUACGAGCAGCGUGUGGGUCUGUAUGACGCUCUGGUGAAACAGGGGCUAAAAGUCAUCCUGGUGCAGGUGGAGGAUGGUGUUGAAGAGCAUCUGCUGCCCGAAUCUUUAAAAUACAUCAGCCGAACCCAAGGAAUCCUCAACUGGAGAGAAAACGCCAGAGAACGCACGAACAGAAGGUUCUGGAAACACAUGCGCUACCGAAUGCCGGCCUGUCAGAGACGGAAAGGCACUGAUAGCAUGGUGCUUUGAACAUUAAAAUCCAAAAACGCGGUUUUAAAGAGGUCAUUAACUACCUCUGUUAUUUAUUUUUGCUCUUUGAGGUCAGCUUAUAAGAUCUGUACAUCCAAAAAUAUCCUAAUUUAGAAGUUGAUUAUUUUCUGUGCUGUUUUUGGCCCUCGUUGUAAUGCUCUGUUUGAGUGGGUGUAGCCAAUUGUUGAUUUUAAAGUAAACACCCACUGCGCUGAUUGGCUGACAGUUUUGCAUAUUAACAGAGCUAAACAGGCAGUAGCGCAGAAGUGGGCGUGGAGCUUAUGUGGAGGCGGAGCUUUGCCACUAUUACAUCAUGAAGCAGACCUUUCCAGAAUCUGCUGUUUUGUCAGUCGGCCUUCAAUAUGGGCAGAUUUUAGAGAAACUUACAGAAAGUUUUUAAUAGUGCUGUGAGCUCUAAUCUGACAAAAAAAAAAAUUUUUUUUUAGUUUAUGACCUCUUUAACUUCAUGCCAUUUGUAUCUUGAUUUAAAGGAGUCAUGAGCAGUGUUGCCAGAUUGGAAAUGUCAAAGUAUCGUACCAGAACCUCAAAAUUAUCGUAUUUGGAGGAAAAUUAUUGUACACGAGUCAAACUGAGAGUAUACAGCUAUUAUCUAGACACAUAGCGUUUUGACACAACAUGCAAAUUACCACAAUACGCUAAAAAAAAAAACUAGGUGCCUUAGUGGGAAGGUUCAAACUCCACCUUUGAGUUGCUGUCAUUGAAUGUUGCAUGUUGCCAGAUGUUAAGGCAUUUAUUUUUCGGUACAAAUUGGAUGCCGUAAUGGACUGCAAAAUAGUACUGGUUGGCUUGAAAGCAGUGCACACUCUGAGGUGUGCAUGCUUUGUUUUGAUGAGACUAACUUUGGAAAAACCAUGUUCACAAGACGCAUUUGAAUGGGGAAAAACGAGAACAUCAAAGGAAAACUCCCAUCCUUCUCACCUUCCUUUACAGCAUGAAUUGUUUUAACAUUAUUGUUUAAAAGAUCGACCUCAAACUGAAAACUACUGACCUAACCAUGGGCACGCGCAGCAGGAGCGUUAACUCGUGAGAGAGAGCCAUUCUCCACGUUGAUUGGCUGAGAAGAUGCAACAUAAGAUGAGAUAGAAAACGUGUCUAACUCCACCUACUCCUCACAGACAGUACAGAAAAGAUGCAGCUAGAUCAAUAAGUAAAGAAGCCCGAAGAUUACAAUGAAGUUACUGUUAAAUGCCAUAAAAUUCUGAAAUUAUCGUACAUUAUAGGAUUUUUUUCAUUAUUGAUCGUACAUCGUACAGAGGUCGAAAUUAUCGUACAAAUACGAUAAUUAUCGUAUGUCUGGCAAGACUGGUCAUGAACUACCUCCGUUUUUUUUAUUGUACUUUUCUAUAAGGCUCACUUAUGAGGUUAUUACGAUUCUUGUACAAAAAAAAUCAUAAUUUAAAUGUAAUUGAUUAUUUUCUUUGCUGUUUUUGACCCUCAUCUGAACGCUCUGUUUGAGUGGGUGUGGCCAAUUGUAGACUCAGAGGCGGAGCCUAUCCACUUUUACAUCAUAGAGCAAAACUUUCUAGAAUCUGUGGUUUUGUGAGACGGCCUUCCAUAUAAGCUGAUUUUAGAGGGAUCACAGAGUGUUGAGUUCUGAAACGUACAGGAUGUUUUUAUAGUACCAUGAACUCUCAUAUCACAAAUACUUAAGGAAAAGUUUGUAUUUCAGUUCAUGACCCCUUUAACUCCAUGCCAUUUUAUUUUUAUCUUCAUCUAAAGAGGUCAUGAACUACCUCAGUUUUUUGUAUUGUUCUUUGAUGCUCACUUAAAAUAUUUUUAGGAUUCUUACACACACACAAAAAACAUCAUUUAGAAGUAAUUGACUAUUUUCUUUGCUGUUUUUGACUCAUCUGAACGCUCUGUUUGAGUAGGUGUGGCCAAUUGUAGACUGAAGUAAACGCUGUAGAGGCGGAGUUUAUCCACUGUAUUACAUAGUAGAGCAGAACAUUCCAGACCUUUGUAGUUUUCUUAGUCGGCCUUCAAUAAAAGCUGAUUUUAGAGGAACCACAAAGUGUUGACUUCUGAAACUUAUAAGAGGUUUUAUAAUACUGUAAGCUCUAAUAUGACAAAACAAUAGGCAAGAAAUGUUUUCAGUUCAUGACCCCUUUAACAUAUGCCCUUUUAUUUGUAUCUUGAUUUAAAGGAGUCAUGAACUACCUCAGUUUUUAAUUGUGUACUGUUAUUUAAGGCUCAAUUAUGAUGUUAUCAGGAUUCUUACUGAACAAAACACAUCUAUUUUCUUUGCUGUUUUUUGAGUGGGUGUGGCCUAUUGUAGACUAAAGUAAAGGUCCACUGCUCUGAUUGGCUAAUGGUUUUACAUAUUAACAAAGUUAAACAGGCAGUGCUGUAGAAGUGGGCGUGGAGCUUAUGGGGAGGCGGAGCUUAUCCUGUCUAUUACAUCACAGAGCAGAACAUUCCAGAAUCUGUGGUUUUCUCAGUCGGACUUUAAUAAAAGCUGAUUUUAGAGGAACCACAAAUUGUUCAGUUCUUAAACUUACAGGAUGUUUUUAUAGUACUGGGAGAUCUAAUAUGACAAAAAACUAAGGAAAAUUAGAUUUUUCAUUUCAUGACCCCUUUAACAUGUCUUUUCUAUUUGGAUGUGUUAUUUGAAGGAGUCAUUAGUUUGUUGUGUACUGUUCUUUGAGGCUAACUUAUCCUCAUACUGUAAAUGUGAAUACAAGACCUACACUAGAUCAUGGAUAUAUAGAGAAGGUUAUGAUUUAGCAUAUUGUGAGUUUGUUUUAAUUUAUGAAACAUUUACUAAUACAGGUAAUGCCAGUUGCAAA